AUGAGCGACAAUGAUGCAGCCACCCUCCGCGAACCAGAUCUGUUUUCCUUUUUUGAUUUUACUUUCUCCAUUCGUUUUCCUCUUUCUUUAUCUUUCUUUCUUUCUUUCUUUCUUUCUUUCUUUCUUUCUUUCUUUCUUUCUUUCUUUCUUUUGGUGUUCCAUUUCAAUACUUUAUUCUUUCUUUCUUUCUUUCUUUCUUUCUUUCUUUCUUUCUUUCAGUAUUUUUUUUCUCUUUUUCUUUUGUCGCUGGGAUUUCUGAUUUUUCUUUCUCUUUCUUUUUCCGCGUUCUUUAUUUUUCCUUGUGAUUUUCUUUUUUUUUUCCCGCCUUUCAGCUUUCUGAUUUUUUCUUCUCCUUUCUUUUUUUCUUCAUUUAACACUUUUUUCUUUUUUCUUUCUUUUUUUCUUUCUUUUGUUUCUUGGCCGUUUGAUCUUUUCCCCUUUUCUUUCCCCUUUUUUCCAUUUUCUUUCUUUCUUUCUUUCUUUCUUUCUUUCUUUCUUUCUUUCUUUCUUUCUUUCUUCUCUCCAUUUUCGCUUUCCAAACAUCAUUUCUUCAAGUGUUUUUCUUUCUUUCUUUCAUUUUUUUCUUUAUUUCCUUCCUCAAAUUAUUUUGGAAAUCUUUCUUUAUUUCUUUUUUUUCCCAGCCACUUUUCUUCUUUUUUCCUUCUUUCUUGUCCUUCUUUCGUUUUUUUCUCACGGAUAUUCUUUCUUUCUUUCUUUCUUUCUUUCUUUCUUUCUUUUUCACACCUACUUUCCUUCUUUCUUGAUUUUUCCAUACACCCCUUCCUUCGUUCCUUUUUCUUUCUGUUUCCAACCCACUUUCGUACUUUUUUCUUUUCUCCUUCCUUCCUUUCUUUCUUUCUUUCUUUCUUUCUUUCUUUCUUUCUUUCUUUCUUUUUCACACCUACUUUCCUUCUUUCUUGA